AUGGCGCAGGAUUCAUACACGGGUGGUGCAAGACACGACCCCAUGUAUUUGAUCAGUGACAAGAAGAAUAUGCUGGAUCCCGACAAGUCACCCACCGUGGACAUGUUCAGUCAACCAGUCGUUGUGGAUGGCUAUCAGUGGUCGCAGCAUAGCGAAGCAGAGAUCAUGAAGGGAUGGAUCAUCGUGUCGGACUCGUUGAAGGAGCUGGCGGUGAAGCCCAACUUGCCAGAGUUGGAACAAACGGUUGAAAUCUGGAAUCAUACCUGUAAACAAGAUUCUGAUGAGCUUUUUGGUCGAGAUUCUGACACCCUCCCGCCCUUGAACGGUCCAUUCUGCGCGGUGAGGAUGAUGCCGAUGCUGUAUAAUACUCAGGGAUGGGCGAGAAGGAACGAGAAGGCGCAGAUCAUUGAUGUCGAUGGAAACCCGAUAGGAGGGCUGUACGGUGCUGGAGAGCUUGGGAGUAUUUGGGGCCAUGCAUAUCAAAGCAGUACCAAUUUUGCCGAGGCGUUGAUAUUCGGGAGGAUUGCUGGUCGGGAGGCUGCGCACCAUUCGAGAGAGUAA